AUGCGAUCUGCUCAGGACCUGUGGGAACCAUCAAGCUACGUACUGUCCAAGACCGCUCUCCUACUUAUCGACUACAAGAAAGCGCAUAUUGACAGGAUUGAAGACCCUAAGAAAAGAGACAGAGUCGUCAUCUCGACCAAAAAGCUCCUCGAGACUGCACGGGAAAACAAUAUCGCCAUCGUACACUGCCUCAUGGAUACCAUUACUUUCCACCGAAAUCCCGGAUACAAGUCUAUCCUGGUAACAGAGGGUAUUCUACCGCUGUUGCGCGAGAAACUUGGAGUAGAAUACCUAGGAAUCAGCGGCAUCACGACAAGCGGUCCUGUGCUUAGCAACGCAAUGCAUGCUACCGACCUCGAUUUCGUGGUCACUGUCGUGGAGGAAGCCACCUGGGACCCCAACGAAUAG